GCUGGGAGAAAGCACGGCCUGUGGCGACCUCCGCCGCCGGCGCGGCGGUGCCCCUGGCCGCGCGUGCUGUCGGGCUGGUGACCCCCUGUAACUUGUUGAGGUUUCCGUACUCGUCCUGUUGCAGGGGACGAGAAGGGCAGUCGAGCGGCGGUGCGCUUUGGACUCCCAGCCCCGGGCUCUGCUGAGGGCAGUUCAGAGGCACAGCGAGCUUGCUGCGAGCUUCGUCUCUUGGAUGGAGUUUGAGCUGCCGCCUUGUUGCGUGCCUUCCGGAGCUUGGUGCCGGGCAGUUGAAAACAAGGGACGUGGCCAUGGAAGACCUGGGGGAAAACACCACUGUCCUGUCCUCCCUGAGAUCUUUGAACAACUUCAUUUCUCAGCGAGUGGAGGGAGGAAUUGGACUGGAUGUUUCUACCUCUGCCCAGGGUUCUCUGCAGAUGCAGUACCAGCAGAGCAUGCAGUUGGAAGAACGAGCAGAGCAGAUCCGUUCGAAGUCUCACGUCAUCCAGGUGGAGCGAGAGAAAAUGCAGAUGGAGCUGAGUCACAAGAGGGCUCGAGUGGAGCUGGAGCGAGCAGCCAGCACCAGUGCCAGGAGCUAUGAGCGCGAGGUGGACCGCAACCAGGAGCUUCUGGCACGCAUUCGGCAGCUUCAAGAGCGGGAGGCGGAGGCAGAGGAGAAGAUGAAGGAGCAGCUGGAGCACAGCAGGCUGUGUAAGCAGAGCCUGGACGUGGCCAGCAGGAAGCUGCGAGAGAAGGAGGACGGCCUGGCCGAGGCGGGCGAGACCAUCAGCGAGUUAAAGGGCAGGAUCUCAGAACUGCAGUGGAGUGUGAUGAGCCAGGAGAUGCAAGUGAAGGACCUGGAGUCUGAGAAGCAGGAGCUGCAGGAGCAGCUGGGCUUGCAGCGCAGAAAAUGGCAAGAAGCUAAUCAGAAGAUUCAGGAGCUUCAGGCCAGCCAAGAAGCGAGGGCAGACCAGGAGCAGAAGGUCAAGGAUUUGGAGCAGAAGCUGUCCCUGCAGGAGCAGGAUGCUGUGAUUGUGAGGAGCAUGAAGUCUGAGCUGGUGCGGUUGCCCAAGGUGGAGCAGGAGCUGAAGCAGCUGAGGGAGGAGAACGCCUACCUGCGGGAGAUGCGCGAGACCAACGGGCUGCUCAGGGAAGAAGUGGAGGGGCUUCAGCGGAAGCUGGGGCGUCAGGAGAAGAUGCAGGAGAAUUUGGUUGACCUGGAGCUGGAGAAGGAGAGGCUGCUGGCGAAGCUGCAAAGCUGGGAGAGACUGGACCAGACCACAGGCUUGAGCAUCAGGACCCCGGAAGACCUGUCCAGGUUCGUCGUUGAGCUGCAGCAGCGAGAACUAGUCCUGAAGGACAGGAACAGCUCCAUCACCAGCAGUGCCCGGGAGCUGGACAAGGUGAGGCAGCAGCUCCAGGAGGAGGUGCGCCAGGUCAGCGCCCAGCUGCUGGAGGAGAGGAAGAAGCGUGAGACACACGAGGCCCUGGCCCGGAGGCUGCAGAAGCGCGUCCUGCUGCUGACGAAGGAGCGGGACGGCAUGCGCGCCAUCCUGGGGUCCUACGACAGCGAGCUGACCCCAGCCGAGUACUCGCCCCAGCUCACCCGGCGCAUGCGCGAGGCUGAGGACCUGGUGCAGAAGGUGCACGCCCACAGCUCGGAGAUGGAGGCUCAGCUGUCGCAGGCGCUGGAGGAGCUGGGAGUCCAGAAGCAGAGAGCAGACAUGCUGGAGAUGGAGCUGAGGAUGCUGCAGUGCCAGGCGGGCCCCGCCGAGCAGAGCGUCCUGUUGUCCAGGGAGGAGGUGAACUCGCUCCGGCUGAAGAUUGAGGAGCUGGAGGGGGAGCGGUGUCGCCUGGAGGAAGAUAAGCAGCAGCUGGAGACGCAGCUGCAGCAGCUCAGCCUGGUGGGCGACUACGACCAGGGCAGAACCAAAGUGCUGCACAUGACGGUGAACCCGGCCAGCGAGGCCCAGCAGCGCCUCCGCCAGGACCACGCCCGGCUGUGGGAAGAGUGCGAGCGGCUGCGGAAGCUGGUGGGCGCCCUGGAGCGCGGCGGCCCGGUCCCCGCCGAACUGCAGGCCUCGGGGCUGCCGUCGUCCGAGGAGGUGACAGAGCUGAAGAAGCAGGUGGAGAGCGCGGAGCUGAAAAACCAGCGGCUCAAGGAGGUUUUCCAGACCAAGAUCCAGGAGUUCCGGAAGGCCUGCUACACGCUCACGGGCUACCAGGUGGACAUCACCAGGGAGGGCCAGUACCGGCUGACGUCCAUGUACGCCGAGCACAAGGACGACUGCCUCGUCUUCAAGGCCGCGGGACCGUCGGGCGCCACCAUGCAGCUGCUGGAGACGGCCUUCUCACGCUCGGUGCCCGAGCUCGUCCAGCUGCACCUGCUGGCCCAAGACAGCAUCCCUGCCUUCCUCAGCGCCCUGACCCUCGACCUCUUCAGCCGCCAGACCGUGGCCUAGCCCGCGGCCCCCCCGUGGCCCCACCCUCGGCAGCCAUCCCAGCCCCGCCCACCCGCUGCCCAGAAAGGCAGCAGCAUCAGGAAGGGAUGGGGACCCGUGGUCCCCUCUGCCAGCCGGGGCUGAGCCCCA